GUUAUCCACAUAUGAAGGGAAGAACAAACACAAAACUAAUAUUGUGCACAUAAAAAUAUGCUUAGUCUUGUGUGAGAACCCUACUUUCAAGAAUCAAGAAACCUUCAACUUCAAUCAAACCCAUGUACUUGUCCAAUUUCCAAGUUUCAGUUUCAAGAUCUGCCAUUCAAAUCUGCAAUUCUCUCUCUCUAUUUCUAUCACUCACUAAUAAUAGCUAUACUAGUAGCAGCCUAAACACUUCUUUGAUAAAUAAAUAAAACUAGGAAGGAAUAAAAUAUCUCCACGUGUCCCUCCACAGAUAUAUCGUACACUCCAAUUAUUACAAGAUUUCAAUCUUCAUCAGUUUAUUAUAGCAAAAGAUUCACAGACAUAUGUAUACUAUCAGCCUCUUUUCUUUUUAAAGCUGAUUAAAGAUCGUGUGAUUCUUGAAAUUUUGGGUGGUUCAUUCAUUGCAAUGGACUAUCCUUGUGUGUUGCACUGCAAUUUUCAUUCUAGUUCAAGUACUAUUGCUUCAAAGAGUAAUUCUAGAUGCCUUCAAACUAAUACCCCAUUUAAAUUUCUUCGCCACAAAAUCUCGAUUCGCCUUCCGCAGAGAAAAUAUCUCAGGCACACCAGAAAGGCUUCUGUUAGAAUGACCGUCUCUGCUGUUUCUUCAACUGAAACCAGAGAGAAAGAGUCGAAGAACGAAAAUAACAAGGAAAGGCAGUCGAAAAAAUCGGGUGGUAACAAAGUGAAUUUGAAGCUUAGGCUAGCUCACCAAGUUGAAUAUGGGGAACAUGUUGCGAUUUUGGGGUCAGCAAAAGAGUUCGGAUCGUGGAAGAACAAAGUGAUGAUGGAUUGGACUGAAAAUGGGUGGGUUUGCACUAUGGAGCUAAGUAAUAAAGAAGAGCCAGUCGAGUACAAGUUUGUGAUAGUAGGGAAUGACAAGGAGAGAUUAACAUGGGAAAAUGGCGAUAACCGCACUUUAAAAUUCCCAGAAAAUGGGAGUUUUAAUGUUGUCUGUAAGUGGGACAAGACUAACGAACAGGUAGAAUUAUUGCCUUGGGAUCAAGAAGAAGUGCAGGCAGAAAAAAGUGGAAACGGUGCUGCUGUUAGUGCUGCAUUGGAAGAGGGUGUUAAGAAAAGCGCCUUUGUGGGGCAGUGGCAAGGCAAAGAUGCUUCAUUUGUUCGUUCGAACGAUCGAACGAAUGAAGAAAAGAAUAUAAACUGGGAUACUUCUGGUCUUGAAGGGAUUUCCUUAAAGUUAGUGGAAGGUGAUCGUAGUGCUCGUAACUGGUGGCGUAAGCUUGAAGUUGUACGAGAGCUUGUGGCUGAAAACAUUGAGAAUGGAAAUCGCUUGGAAGCUCUUACAUAUUCAGCAGUAUAUCUGAAGUGGAUAAACACAGGUCAGAUUCCUUGCUCCGAAGAUGGGGCCCACCAUCGACCGAACAAGCAUGCCGAGAUUUCCAGGCUUAUAUUUCGCGAAAUAGAAAGAAUUUCCGGCAGGAAAGACACUUCACUUCAGGAAAUACUCGUUAUACGCAAGAUUCAUCCAUGCUUACCAUCAUUUAAGGCAGAGUUCACUGCACCUGUUCCUCUAACAAGAAUUAGAGAUAUUGCUCAUAGGAACGAUAUCCCUCAUGACCUUAAGCAAGAAAUCAAGCAUACAAUACAAAACAAGCUUCAUAGAUGUGCGGGGCCCGAAGAUUUAAUUUCCACAGAAGCAAUGCUUGCAAGAAUUACAAAGAACCCUGGAGAGUACAAUGAAGCUUUCGUUGAGCAAUUUAAGAUAUUUCAUCGAGAACUUAAAGACUUCUUCAAUGCUGGAAGUCUGGAAGAACAGCUGGAAUCAAUUAGAGAUUCACUGGAUCAAAGCUCUGCACCACUAUCUCAGUUUUUAGAGUCCAAAAAGGUACUGGAUAAUAUGGACGGAAGUGGAAAUAUCUCCGAUUUGAUGAAAGUUAUACAAUCUCUGAACAAUCUUCGCCAAGAUAUUGCAAAGGGUCUCCAAAGCGGGCUUCGAAAUGAUGCUCCAGAUGCUGCAAUAGCAAUGCGACAAAAGUGGCGACUUUCUGAGGUCGGACUUGAAGACUAUGCAUUCGUUCUUUUAAGCAGGUUCCUUAAUGCACUAGAAGCUAUGGGAGGGGCACACUCGCUUGUAGAGAAUGUCGAGCAAAAGAAUGUUAGUUCUUGGAAUGAUGCACUUGGAGCUUUAGUCAUCGGCAUUAAUCAGUUGGGGCUAUCUGGAUGGAAGCCUGAAGAGUGCAGAGCUAUUGGAAACGAGAUUCUUGCAUGGAAAGAGAGAGGUCUUUUAGAUGCUGAAGGCGGUGAAAAUGGUGCGAGAAUAUGGGGUUUGAGGCUUAAAGCUACGCUUGAUCGAGCCCGGAGACUGACUGAAGAAUAUUCAGAAGCACUUCUUAAUAUAUUCCCCGAAAAGGUUCAGAUACUAGGAAAAGCUCUUGGGAUUCCCGAGAAUGCUGUGAGAACAUUCACGGAAGCUGAGAUUCGUGCUGGUGUAAUAUUUCAGGUUUCGAAACUGUGCACGGUUCUUUUGAAGGCUGUUAGGAAUGUUCUUGGAUCUCAGGGUUGGGAUAUUCUUGUACCAGGAGAUGCUUCUGGAACCCUCGUCCAGGUAGAGAGCAUUGUUCCUGGUUCGAUACCAUCGUCUGUAACAGGACCAAUCAUUCUAGUUGUGAACAGAGCUGACGGAGAUGAAGAGGUAACAGCUGCUGGAGCUAACAUUGCCGGAGUUAUACUAAUGCAGGAGCUGCCGCAUUUGUCUCAUCUUGGCGUUAGGGCUCGUCAAGAAAAAGUUGUAUUUGUGACUUGUGAAGAUGAAGAAAAAGUUGCGGAUAUCAAAACACUAUACGGAAAAUUUGUGAGGUUGGAAGCAUCGUCAGGAGGUGUCAGCUUGGCUGAAACUUCAGCAAAGAGCAACAAUGGGAAUAUUCCACUUGAAAAUCAAUCAAAUACUUCUUCAUCAAAGAGCACUUCCUCGGUUACUGUAAAAAACUCCGACGAAAAUCAGGUAGUAGUGUCAACCGAAGGGGUUAUACUGCUCGAGAAUGUUGAUACACGAAUCUCCGGUGCAAAAGCUGCAGCCUGCGGUCGCCUAGCUUCUUUGGCUGCUGCUUCUCAUAAAGUGAACAAUGAGCAAGGAGUUCCGGCAUCCUUUAAAGUCCCAAAUGGAGCAGUAUUACCUUUCGGUUCAAUGGAAACAGCUUUAGAGCAAAACGGAUCAAUCGAGACCUACAAAUCACUAAUUCAAACCAUAGAAACAGCCGAAAUCGAUGGAGAACUCGAUAAACUCUGCAACGAACUACAGAAGCUAAUUUCUUCCCUAAGCCCACCAAGCAAAACCAUCGAAAGCUUAUCCAAAAUAUUCCCGGAAAAAAACACUCGAUUGAUAGUCCGUUCGAGUGCUAAUGUGGAGGACUUGGCUGGAAUGUCAGCUGCUGGUCUUUACGAUUCGAUUCCAAAUGUCAGUCUAUCCAAUCCAAUCGUAUUCAAGCAAGCCGUAGCUCGUGUUUGGGCUUCGUUGUACACUCGAAGGGCUGUUCUGAGUCGGAGAGCCGCCGGUGUGGCUCAGUCGGAGGCGGUGAUGGCUGUGCUGGUUCAAGAAAUGCUAUCGCCAGAAUUUUCUUUCGUGCUCCACACCGUCAGCCCUACAGACAAGAAUCAAAAUUUGGUGGAGUCCGAAAUUGCACCUGGUCUUGGUGAAACUCUUGCCUCAGGUACUAGGGGUACCCCUUGGAGAUUAUCGAGCGGGAAAUUUGAUGGGGCGGUGCAGACUUUGGCGUUUGCGAAUUUUAGUGAGGAGAUGGUGGUGCGUGGUGGUGGGCCGGCGGAUGGGGAGGUGGUGCGUUUGACGGUGGAUUAUAGUAAGAAGGCGUUGACGGUGGAUUCUGUGUUUAGACAGCAGCUUGGUCAGAGGCUUGGUGCUGUUGGUUUGUUUCUCGAGCAGAAGUUUGGGUGUGCGCAGGAUGUUGAAGGCUGUUUGGUUGGGGAAGAUGUCUUCAUUGUGCAGACACGUCCACAGCCCGAAUGAUGGAUUAUUGAUUUAAUCCCGUUUUUUGUUCGCGCGACUGAAUCAAGAAUCGUGUUUAUGUGAUGUACAGUUUGCCAUGAAUAAAGUGUUGGAAAGGGGGCAGAUGGUGCAACCUUUUCAGUCAUCUUAUAAAUACACGUGUGUAAACACUGAAGUAUUUUUACUCAUUAAUAAAACACAAUGCAGGUAUUAU